CGGGUACACUUACAACGAUGCCCAUCACACUCGACCUCGAUGAAUGCGCGUCCGACGCCUCUACGCGGCGUUCCCUCUCCAACCUCUCGCUCUCCGUCGCGAAAUGCAAGAAGAUCCUGGUCGUGACCGGCGCCGGGAUAUCGUGCUCAUGCGGUAUUCCGGACUUCCGGUCGUCCGACGGACUGUAUGCGCUUGUGAAACAACAAUAUCCUGACGUCGUGUUGAAGGGUCGCGACCUCUUCGACGCGUCGCUCUUCCGAGACCCGACCUCAACCUCCGUAUUUUAUACCUUCAUCUCACAACUCAAACGAUCCAUCGACAACGCGACCCCUUCGCCCACACACCGAUUCCUCAAGACCCUUGAUACCAAACGCAAGCUGCUGCGCUCGUAUACACAGAACAUUGACGCGCUCGAGGAGAAGGCAGGCCUUCUUGGGAGCUCGAGCAACGAAGUAAAAAACCAUGGCAAGGGAAAGGCGAAGAUCAGAGUCCGGGACGUGCGCAACGUCCAAUUACAUGGUGAUAUUCAUCGCGUCCGCUGUACAUUCUGCAGUGCGGAGUUUCCGUGCACUGUAGAGUACUUGGAUGUAUUCGACACUGGGGCGGCCCCUGACUGCCCGGAGUGUGUUACACGCUCGAAAGCUCGCGUCGCGCGCUCAGCCCGUCCACUCAAGGUCGGCACCUUACGGCCAGCUAUUGUCCUUUACGACGAACCCCACCCUCUCGGAGACGACAUCGGCAGCAUGCAGUCCGCGGAUAUGACGCGGAAGCCCGACAUGCUGAUCAUCAUGGGCACGUCGCUCAAGGUGCACGGCUUCAAGAAACUCGUCAAGGGCUUCGCGAAAGUCGUUCACGAGUCCGCGCCAUCUCCCGCCGUAGCGUCCACGUCAUCACCAAAGAACGCCAAAGCCUUCGCCGGCAAGGUCGUCUUCGUGAACAAGACCGCUCCGGGCAGCGAGUGGGACGGGAUCAUCGACUACCACGUCGUGGGGGAGACGACAAGUGGGCGGAGAGGGUCGUGGAGGAGUGGAAGAAGAUGAGGCCUCCGACUGGGAGGUGCAGAAGAAGCUCACGGCGGCGGGCGAUGUCGAGACUGCAGGCGCGUUCAAGGUCACGAAGGAGAUCACGAACACUUUCGACGGUGUAAAAGCAAAAGGUACGUCGUGUCGUAA